UCCAAAUUCCAAAGUUUCUCCUUUUUUGCAAGGGGCAGCCACCCCACAUGUUUGCUCCUUUCUCUCUCUUGAAUGCUCAAAUUAAGAACAGUGUUGAGUUGAGAGCUACUAUAAAGCCAAACCUUAACCUGUAGUAGCGACCAUAUUCUUCCCUGCCUGCACUGCACCACUUCUUCAUCUCUCUUUACUUUCUCGUGUUCUUCUUCAACUUUACAGUGACUAAGGCCUGAAUUUCAAACGUGAACAGAAGCCAACUUGUCCAGAAUGGUAAAACAGAGUUAAGAAAAGCAAAGGAAGAAUGGUGAGAGAGCACAAUAGCAGUAGCAGUGGAUGGCCACCAAUAGGGGCACCACUGAACAUGCAGAGAGAUGAAUAUGAUCAGCAUUGGAGCAGCAGCUUCGACAGUUCAGUAAAUGCUGUUUCUUUUGGCUUUGUUGCCACUGCCAUUCUCAUUUCUAUGUUCUUAGUCAUGGCCAUCUUUGAAAGGUUUCUCAAACCCACCUCGCCGCCCCUGUUGCCGUCAGGCGACUGGAACCGUCGCCGGAGCUCUCAGAUGGCCUUCAAUGGGAAGAUUUCCCACCCUUCACCGAAAAUGAGUUUGUAUGCAAGCUGGGUUUCGGUUUUAAUGCCUGGAGAUGAGACUCCUUCUUUCAUCGCUCAUCCUGCACCUGCACCCUGUUGCCCUGAACGGAUAUCAUGGCCUCCCCAUCAACAUAGCUCAGUACCUUAUUCCACUUACACCACCAUGCAUAACAUCAACCAAGUAUAAUAAGAAUUCAGCGUGACAAGUUGAUGCAAUGUGUGCAUGUUAUGCAGGAGUUAAAUGCAUUUCAUAUGAAGAAAGUAGACUUGUUGUGUAGAAGAUUUCUUUAUAGUUUAUAGAAUACCAUGUACAUAGAAUUUAGUUUAGUGGAAAUUGGUUUGGGAAUGAGAGGUCCAUCUCUUCACUGUCCAAAUGUUCCUCCCUGACAGAAGCUUUGGGGUUUCCCAGAGUGUAAAUCAGUGGUUGUAAAUGCAUAGAAUGUUGUGCACCAAACAAUGGAAACCUCUUUAUCUUGCAC